CUGGACAGAGUCAUUGCGCGCGCCAGAGGCCACUCGCUCUAUUUAUCCAACAAGUGCCCGUCCGUUUCUCUCGUUCUCUCUCUCUCUCUGGGACCGUUCAACGAUUUGUCUUUGCCUUUGAAAUGUCAAUUACGCAUGCUAGUUACUACAUUAAAACGACAGCGAAGCAAAGGAACGUGUUGACAUAAUCCUUCUAUGUUUAUUGACCAGACGCGACAACUUUUAGGGAAUAAUUGAAAAUGGCAAUGUGCUUGUUAAAACGUUUGCGGCGUCCUGGUCGUUAGUGUCAGCAGUUGUCUUUUUUCCCCUCUGUUUCUAAUUUUAUUUGUAUUUUUUAGUUGAAUUUUAGUUUAACUGCUUUAGUUUACAUAAAACCACUAAUCACAACUAAGAGAUUCGGUAAGGAGGUGUUGGCGAAGAGAGUUUUGACAGGAAAGUAAUGGAAGAUGAUGAGCCCGCAUCGCCGGACCCGAACCACGACACCAGUAAAAGAGGUAAGCGAAAUUCAGUGCAUAAGAAAUCCCAUCUAAAGAAAGACAGCAGUUCACACAUGCUGUGAAGAUGAUGCGAGCUCAGAUUGAGGUGAUCCCAUGUAAGAUCUGUGGAGAUAAGUCAUCAGGGGUUCAUUAUGGAGUCAUCACUUGUGAGGGCUGCAAGGGCUUCUUCCGCAGAAGUCAGUCCUCAAGCGUGCAGUACUCAUGCUCCAGACAGAGCAACUGCCCCAUUGACCGCGCCAGCCGUAACCGCUGCCAGAGCUGCCGCCUCAAAAAAUGUGUCGCUCAAGGAAUGAGCCGCGACGCGGUGAAGUUUGGUCGUAUGUCUAAGCGCCAGAGAGACUCUCUGUUUGCAGAAGUCGAGAGACAUCGGCAGCAGCAGCGUCUUCAGGCCAACUCAGUCCAAGAGCCCCAGCCUCUCCCAGCCUACCGAUCCAGCAAAGAGCCCAGAGAACAGUCACCACAUCUCAUCCCACCUCUACCUCCAGCUUACCCUUACUCUGUAGAGCCUGACCUGCAAGGCUGCCCUCCAGAGGUGCAUCCAUACCUGGAGUGUCGCAUAGGCGAGGCCCAGGCUCAGAGUCUGGCCUACAGGGGCUCCCACAGAAGAGGGGACAGCAACAGCUUGUCAGCUGGGAGAGGAUUUGACUCCACUGGGUCUACACCAGAGGCUAUUCUGAACAUGAGCGGCAGUGAAAUGGGGUUUCGUCCUUUUGACCCUGAGAGCUUGUUCUUUUCUUACCAGACAUCUCUCCACACAGAGGAGCUCUUUGCAAGUAUCGUACGUUCUCACAGAGAAACGACUCAGUAUCGGCCGGAAGAGCUGCAGGCUCUCAGAUGGAAGGUUUUCAGCAGAGAGGAGAUCCACGCUUACCAGAGCAAAUCGGUGGAUGAGAUGUGGCAGCACUGUGCGGUGCGGCUGACCGAUGCUGUUCAGUACGUGGUGGAGUUUGCUAAACGUAUCCCAGGAUUCCGUCAGCUGGGUCAGAAUGAUCAAAUUGCUCUCCUCAAGAGUGGGUCCAUGGAAGUGGUUCUGGUUCGGAUGAGUCGGAUGUUUAACACAGAAAACAACACAGUAUUCUUUGACGGCAAAUUUGCAGGAACAGAACUUUUCAAAUCCCUCGCAUGCGGUGAUCUAAUAGCUGCUGUAUUUGAGUUUGCUCACAAUCUGUGUGCGCUGAGACUGACUGAACAGCAGAUGGCCGUGUUCACUGCGCUGGUCCUCCUCAAUGCAGAUCGACCGUGUCUGGAGGACAGAGAACGAGUACAGAGAGUCAGAAGAGAUGUGGAGCUUGCCCUUAGUCACAUUCUGCACAGAGACAAUCAAGAGAGUCUACUGCAUAAGCUGUAUCAAAGAGUCCCAGUGCUGAAGUCUCUGUGUGCGCUGCAUAUUGAGAAACUGCGAUGGUUCCGGCAGCUUUACCCUCUCACAGUGCAUUCCCACUUCCCUCCGCUAUACAAAGAGCUGUUUGGCUCUGACUCAGAUAUACUGACACUGACUACUCACUGAACACACACACACACACACACACACAGACACAUUUCAUUUGCAGAUGCAGAAAUGAAAUGACAUCGCACACAACGCACCCACAGUUACAUAUAGUGUAAGCAGUCUAGAUCUAAAUAAGAAGUUAAAUAUAUUUUUCUAAAUCUCAGAAGAUCAGAAAAUAUUAUUAACAGAAGUAUGCAGUAUUUUGUGCAAAUUCUAUUCUGUAGGAAAAAAGCUAAAUAUUACUACAAAUGCUAUUCAGUAUUCCUAAACUU